AUGGAGCAAGUAGACGAAGUGGUCGGCAAUGUCACGUCAUGGUUCCGAAGGUUCGUGAUGAGUGCGUUGGAGCAUCAGCACGCGCCGUUACCGCAAGAUGACAUGGACGAGGGCGUCGGCCGUACGUACCGCUUCUCUGGCAUGCAAGAUGAAUCGCCCUGGUGGCUCAAAUGGUCCAGUACGGCGCCCCCGGGAUACGAUCACCGCGCGCCCCAGUUGCAGGACGGGGGAGGCCAGGGGCAGGGGUAUGGUGGCGGGGGGUAUGGCGGGCGGUAUGACGACGAGCGGGGGAGCCGCUAUGGUUAUGACGACUAUGCUCGGGAUCGACCAUACGACCGGGAGAGGGAAGAGGAGGAGGCGCGGGAGAGGGAGAGAGCGGAGCGCCUACGACGAGAGGAGGAAGAGGAGAGAGCCCGCCAAAAGGCAGAGGAGGAGGCAGCAGCAGAGGCCGAAGCAGCGGCGGCGGCAGAAGCAGCGGCGGCAGCAGCAGCAACCCCACCCCCAGACCUGCUAUCGAUGGAAGACGAUCUGUUGGGCCUCGGAACAGACGCAGGGCCAGGCGCUCUGGUGCUCUACAGUGCUCCCACUGCCGAUGACGUCAUCUCCAAGGCAUUCCAGCAAGAGAUUAGCCUUCUGGACAUCGACAGUGGCACGUCAGAGGCGUCUCUCCUGGAGAAGGUGAACUCAGUCGCGCCCAAGCAGGCCAACGGGGAGGUCGACCUGCUGGCCCUGGUGGAUGGUCCCGUGCCCGCUGGUGCUGCUGCUGCUGCUGCUGCGGGGAGCGGGAGGGUUGGACGCUACAAGUGGGGCGCUGGUGCUGGUGACACCCAUGAAGGGAUUCCAUGCCACGCCCACGCGCCAUGGCAUAUGCGGGGCUGUUCUGUGAAGGAGGGCGACACUUACCACACCGAGUGCUACCGCCAGCUCUUCCACCCCAAGUGCUACGUCUGCGACACUUAUAUCGCCCCCAGCGACUCGGGCAUGGUGGAGUACCGCCUGAACGACCUGUGGCACGCCAAGCACUGCGCCAAGCACAGCCCAACCACGGAUGGCUCGCCCCUCUGCUCCGCCUGCACUCGCCUCCAGCCCACCACAUGCACAAUGGUCGACAUAGGUGGUAACCGCACGCUCUGCCCCGAUUGUAACACCUGCUCCUGGCCCUCCCCCCCUGGAUCCGCCCUCUCCGCCCUCACCUCCUCCUCCUCUUCCUCCCUGGGGACUCUAGUCGUAGACGCCUCUGAUUGCGCCCCCCUGUUCGCCUCUGUGUUGAGUUUCUUCGAGGAGGUGGGGUUGGGAGUGGUGCUGAGGGGUGCUGUGGGCGUAAUGGGCGACGAGCUCCCGGUGGUUACCGCAGACGUGGCGGCAUUACAAGCUGCUGCUGAGGGCGAGAGACAGGGAUCAUCUCGCCUGGCCGUGGUGCCUGGAGUGUGCCUCACACAAGAAACCACCAUUCAAACAGUCGUACGGGCACCAGGAUCCACAGCAGCAGCGUUUGCAGGGAUCUCACAUGAACCCAAGACACUCACGCACGUCAACUCCACUGCCGUCUCGGGCAUCGUUAUUCUCUACGGCCUCCCAGCUCCUCUGGCUGGGGCAGUCAUAGCCAAUCAGCUCAUGCGUGCAUGGUUCAUUCUUGAUGGUGCCUUCUCAGCCCUACCCUCAGAGAUCAAGGAGGCCAUGUGCCAGGUGAUGGCGCACCUGUGGUUACAGCGUUACCAGCAGCAGCUCAAGAGCCCCUCUGCCUUCCAGUCCGGCUUCCUCGAAUUCUGCCUCACCCGUGUCGCCUCGGACCCCUCCCCUGCUCUCCUCGACUCCUUCCGCUCCGCCUACUCUGCUGUGGUGUUCAAAGGCCUGCUUGCCACCAUUCAAACACUCCGCAUGUCCAACACCCUCCCUGCCAUCUAG